CAUUCUCGCGACUCUUCCUGGCCGUUCACUGCUAGCUUGCCUCCGCCGCUAGCCAAGCACUGCUGUUGCAUGCUGCUGCUUGUCUGCUGCCCCGCCUCGGCCAGCUGCUCCGCAUGCCCUGCUGCGCGCUUUCUGCAGCUGCUCCCUUGUAAGCCCAAGCGUGUGAGGCUGCGGCUGAGGCAUGGACGGCGAGCGGUGCUCGCUCCGGUGGGUAGACAUCGGCGGGCGGCGCGCCCUUCUCUAGCCUCGGAACAACCGCCGGCAAGCCUCCAACCUCCAGGUACAGCAUAAUUUCGGGUUAAUUUUCGCCGAGUUGAUGGGCAGUUUGGUAACACUGGGUGUGGGAAGGGGGAGGAGCCGGGCGGAGCCACUAUUUUGGGCUCCGGCUCCGUCGAUCGGUCCGUGUGAGCAGGAUUUGCGGGACUUAUUCGGAAUUCUUUGACGGAGCUAAUUAGAGGUGCCCCUCUGGUACGGCUUCACCUGAAGCCGGUGGUGAAGCCCUGCCAAGCCAAAGAGGGCCUAAAAGCAACAGCUGGUAGCCAUCGACGAAUCAACUGCUCAACUAGCCGCGAAGAGUCACAGCAAAAGAGCCAAAGAAUAGUCUCCAAGAAUAUAUAAUCCCUUUUGCAACGGAACAAGUUGAGUCGUCGUCAUCAUUUCUCCUCUUCUCUAUAAAACCUCACCAUCACACAUGGAUCUAGCAUCGAUCUCAAUUGGAUCACAACGCCAUCGGCACAAAAACAAUGGAGCUCAUGUGGCUUCUCCUCGCGGCUCUCCUCCUUCCUCUCUCCUUCAUGCUGUUGUCCUCCCACGCCAAGAACGGCGGCAAGGCCAGCCGCCGCCUGCCGCCGGGGCCGGCCGUCGUGCCGGUGCUCGGCAACCUGCUGUGGGUGAGGCACCAUGGGAUCGACAUCGUGCGCGCCAUGCGCCGCCUCCACGCGCGCCACGGCCCGCUGCUCACGCUCCGCAUGGGCUCCCGCCUCGAGGUCACCGUCUCCGACCGCCGCCUCGCGCACGCCGCGCUCGUCGAGCGCGGCGCCGCUCUGGCCGACCGCCCCGGGUUCGCGUCCAGGGACCUCCUGGGUCUCAACGCCGCCACCAUCUCCACCUCCAGCUACGGCCCGCUGUGGCGCUUGUUCCGGCGCAACUUCGUGGCCGAGGUCGCGCACCCGGCGCGGCUCCGGCUGUUCGCGCCGGCGCGGGCGGCGGUGCUCGCCGAGCUCACGGACAAGCUGCGGCUCAGGGAGGAGGACGGGGGCGGCGACCAAGGCACCAUCGUGGAAACGUUCCAGUACGCCAUGUUCCGCCUCCUCGUGGCCAUGUGCUUCGGGGAGCAGCUCGGCGAGCGCGCCGUGCGCGACAUCGCCGCCGCGCAGCGCGACCUGCUGCUCUACUCCUCCACCAAGGUCAGGGUCUUCGCCUUCCUGCCCGCCGUCACGACGCGCCUCUUCCGCGGCCGCCUGCAGGCCAUGUUCGCCAUGCGCCAAAGGCUCAAGGACAUGUACAUGCCGCUGAUCGACGCGCGCAGGGAGCGCAAGAAGCUCGGACUCGGAGCCGUGCCGCCUGAGCCGCAGGACGAGACAACGACGCUGCCGCACUCUUACGUCGACACGCUUCUGGACAUCCGGCUCGCCGACGACGGCGGGCGCGCGCUGACCGACGACGAGAUGAUUGCGCUGUGCUCGGAGUUCCUCAACGGCGGCACGGACACCACGUCCACGGCGCUGCAGUGGAUCAUGGCUGAGCUUGUCAAGAACCCGGCCAUCCAGGAAAAGCUCCACGACGAGAUCAAGUCCACAAUGGCCUCCACCGGCUCGGAUCAUAUCUCCGAGGAGGACGUGCUCAAGAUGCCGUACCUGAAGGCGGUGGUGCUGGAAGGCCUCCGGCGCCACCCGCCGGGUCACAUGGUGCUGCCGCACGCGCCGGCGGAGGACAUGGAGCUGGGCGGGUACGUGAUCCCGAAGGGCACGACGGUGAACUUCUUGGUGGCGGACAUGGGCAUGGACGAGCGGGCGUGGGAGCGGCCGACGGAGUUCGCGCCGGAGAGGUUCAUGCCGGGCGGCGACGGCGAAGGCGUUGACAUCACGGGCACGCGAGAGAUCAGGAUGAUGCCGUUCGGGGCCGGGCGGAGGAUCUGCCCCGGGCUCAACGUCGCGACGCUUCACCUCGAGUACUUCGUGGCGAACCUGGUGCGCGUGUUCGAGUGGCGAAGCGCGGAGGGGGAGGAGGUGGACGUGGACGGCGAGAAGGCUGAGUUCACCAUCGUCAUGGCCAAGCCGCUCCAGGCGCGCAUCGUGCCCAGAGGAGCUGCUUGAGACUUGGCGAGACUGUGUUGCGUGCUUGCUUGAUUGUACCGUGUCAAUGAACUUGCUAGUAGUACUAGGUAAUUGUUGCUUUGUAAAUUGUAAUGGUGAAUUAGUGGAUAAUGCCAUUUUGUUGCUAGUGGAUUUUUCAUAGAUUUUGCCUGGAUGAAAACAAAAGCCACAUUCAUCCACCUUUUAUA